AUGGAUCGAUUAACGAAAGGACCAUCUGGGUUCUCUUCAUCUUCCACAGCUGAGGAAGUCACUCAUGGGAUUGAUGCCUCUGGCCUCACUGCCAUUGUCACAGGAGCAUCUAGCGGUAUUGGAACUGAGACUGCACGAGUUCUUGCAUUGCGUGGUGUCCGUGUUAUUAUGGGGGUAAGGAAUAUGGCUGCUGGGAGAGAUGUCAAAGAAGCAAUAGUUAGGGAAAUACCCUCAGCCAAAGUUGAUGCCAUGGAAUUGGACCUCAGUUCACUGACAUCCGUGAGGAAAUUUGCAUCAGAUUUCAAUUCCUCGGGUCGUCCAUUGAACCUCUUAAUUAACAAUGCAGGAAUUAUGGCGACACCAUUCAUGCUCUCCAAAGACAACAUAGAACUACAGUUUGCAACAAAUUACCUUGGACAUUUUCUUUUGACAAAUCUUUUGUUGGAUACCAUGAAGAAAUCGGCAAGAAAAAGUAGCAGAGAAGGAAGAAUUGUAAAUGUCUCCUCAGAGCUUCACCGUUACCCAUAUCCCGAAGGAAUUCGUUUUGAUAAAAUCAAUGAUCAGUCAGGGUAUAAAAAGUUCCAGGCAUAUGGCCAAUCAAAGCUUGCUAAUGUGCUGCAUGCUAAUGAGCUCACAAGACGAUUCAAGGAAGAUGGAGUAAACAUAACUGCAAAUUCACUGCAUCCUGGAGCAGUCGCCACCAAUCUUUUCCGUUCUAUGAGUCUUGCCGAUGGCAAUCCCUUAAAAGGCUUUCUUGAAUCGCUUGCCAGUCUUGUGCUUAAAAAUGUUCAGCAGGGUGCUGCAACAACAUGCUAUGUAGCUUUGAAUCCACAAGUAAAGGGCGUAAGUGGUGAAUAUUUUGCGGAUUGUAAUGUGGCCAAAGCAUCCUCAAAGGCUAAAGAUGCAGAGUUAGCAAAGAAACUCUGGGAUUUCAGCAUGAAUUGGAUCAAAUAA